AUGGAGUACAAGAUACAGAAGGACCAGGAGUUGCUGGCAAUAAUCGACAAUAUUGAGAAGAGUUACGAUCCGAGCUCGCCAGCAUAUAAGUUCAAGUAUGUGUUCUACAACAAGGUGGAUCAGCCAUUCAGCCGUCCAUUCGACUUUCCGGAAGCCCUUUGGAGCAUUUCAUUGAGUGAGGAUCCAACAAUGAUGCCUGUUCUUUUGAAAGGCGAGGACAUUGAGCACAGGAAGGCGCUUCAAACAGAUCUCUGCAAAAAAAUCAACGACUCGUACGACUUCGUUCGUAAGAAGAUCAAUGGGCUGAGGAUGAGGUCGGAGCGGCUAAAAUCAAGAAUAGAAGGAUGUGCACAGAUGUACAGAAGGAUUUUUGGAGGAGUUUAUAACAAACUGAAGAAGGAGGAAGGAAAAUGCACCUUGAUCGAUCAGAUAUACCGCGCAAAUCUGUCGAUUGACAAGAAAGAGAAGCUGUAUGUUGUAGAGAAAAAAAGUGAUGUAGUCGACUUUUUGCUUGACAUGAAAUCAAUGGGCGAGAAGAUUUUGAAAAGUGCAGAUGAUGCAUUGCAAGAGCGUCAAAAGCAAGCAGUAAUAUUAAACGAACUGGAUAGAAUCUGA